AUGACGUCACCUGCCGGAGCAACACAAACCACCGAAUGAACGGUGGAACAAACUUUUGCUUUUAAAGAUUAUUUUUCAUUUACCAUUUAUUCUGAAAGUGGAUCAUGUCGGUGAAUUACGCCGCUGGACUCUCUCCGUAUGCGGAUAAAGGCAUCUGCGGCCUCCCUGAGGUGUUUGACAGCUCAGAUGAGUUGAAGAAUAAAGUGGAGACUCUGGCGCAGUGGAUCAGGGAGUCACAGUAUAUGGUGGUGCAUUCAGGAGCAGGAAUCAGCACCUCCACAGGGAUCCCGGACUUCAGAGGCCCUAAUGGAGUGUGGACAAUGGAGGAGCGAGGAGAGACACCUCACUUCAACACCACGUUUGAGGAGGCACGUCCCAGUCUGACUCACAUGGCUCUACUGCAGCUCCAGAGAGCAGGAUACCUCAAAUACCUCAUCAGCCAGAAUGUAGACGGACUUCACCUGCGCUCCGGCUUCCCCAGGGAUCGGUUGUCAGAACUCCAUGGGAACAUGUUUGUUGAAGAAUGUGAGAAAUGUGGCAAGCAAUAUGUUCGGGACACGGUAAUUGGAGUGAUGGGGCUGAAGCCGACCGGACGAUUCUGUGAGGAGAUGCGUUCCAGAGGACUCCGAUCUUGCAGAGGCAAGCUGAUCAGCACUAUAUUGGACUGGGAGGACUCGCUGCCCGACAGAGAUCUGAAUAGAGCUGAUGAAGCGUCCAGGCGAGCAGACCUUGCCUUGACGUUAGGUACAUCUCUUCAAAUUAAACCCAGUGGAGAUCUACCUCUUCUAACCAAACGCACAGGAGGGAAGGUGGUUAUAGUCAACCUACAGCAAACCAAACAUGACAAGCACGCCCACCUGCGUAUCCACGGCUACGUAGACGAGGUCAUGUGUCAGCUGAUGAAGCUGCUGGGAUUGGAGGUUCCUGAGUGGGUGGGGCCAACGCUGUGUGAAAACUCAGGUGGAGAUCUGGACAUCCUUCCUUAUGGAUCCAGGAAAAAGGAAGUGAAGAUUGAGCUGAAGAUAGAGGACAAUAAACACGUAAUACAGAAGAAAAGAAAGAAGAAAUCACAGGAUGAUGAGAUACAUUUCAAGAAAGAUGUUAAAGAAGAGACGAAAGAAGAGGACAAAGAAGCAAAGACAAAUUCAAUGUUCAAACUGAAAGAUGUGCAUGUCUUCAGUGACUCUCAGCCAAUCAAAAAACAGAAGUCAGACUGUGAGGAGGCACAUCCUUCAAAUGGCUCCAGUUCUUCUGCCAUGAACACAAUCAUAGAGUCUGAAAAUGUGAAAGUACAAACCAACAUGGAAGCCUCCUCAUCCUAUAGCCAUUAAACUUGGCACACACGUACAAUAGGACAAAAGAUUGACAAUAGCAAAUCUCAGGCAGUGCAGACACCAUUGGCUCAUUCAAUAUAUAAUACGCAGCCCAUGCUCCAUGUUUACACAGUAAGCCUCAAAUCGCUCUGAACCCAUAUGACUUUCUUUCUUGUGCAGAACACAAAAGGAGAUGUUGAAUGAAUAUCUUGGUCUGACUGACUGGCAUUUUCAAGGCUUUGGAUAUCUUUUUAUAUCCUUUUCCACCUUUAUAAAGUUCCAUUACCUUGUUACACAGGUCUUUUGACAGUUCUUUUCUGCUCCCCAUGGCUCAGUAUCUAGCCUGCUCAGUGCAUCCACGUGAGAGUUAACAAACUCAUUGACUAUUUAUACACAGACACUAAUUGCAAUUUAAAAAGCCACAGGUGUGGGAAAUUAACCUUUAAUUGCCAUUUAAACCUGUGUGUGUCACCUUGUGUGUCUGUAACAAGGCCAAACAUUCAAGGGUAUGUAAACUUUUGAUCGGGGCCUUUUGGGUGAUUUCUGUUAUCAUUAUGAUUUAAAAAGGAGCCAAAAACUAUGUGAUAAUAAAUGGCUUCAUAUGAUCACUAUCCUUAAAUAAAAGAUUUAAAAAAAAAUUUCACAAUUUCUGCCAGUGUAUGCAAAUUUUUGAGCACAACUGUAUAUGUGCCGGCUGAUCUGUUACAACAUCUCUACAGUUAUUCUGGGUAGAACAUUAGUGAAAUAUGGUUUUGUACUGUAAAAUUCAGGUUUGUUAAAGCAAGAUUCACAACAGGAAUCUCACGAAAACUGUCAAGAACAUGUCUAGAUCAUAUUUCAACCCAAAAUCAAAAGAAAGAUAUAAGUAAAGAUAUUUUGCAUAAAGAAAACAAAGCCUGUUUUUGUUACCAAUUUAGAUAUUUGGCAUUGAGACAUUUCCCACAAAUAAUUCUGAAUACUGUUCACGUAUACGUUUUUAUUUUCAUUACCAUCAACAAUGAUUCUCAAUAGAUUUUUAUUACUGUAAAUCAGUAAUUUACAGGAUUACAGUUAAAAAUAUUGUAUUACAAUAUUUAUUUAAAUAAGCAUAAAUUAAAUGCAGUACAACAAAUACUAUCAAGAUGUCUAAAUACUUUACAUUUUAACUUAUACUUUAGUUUUCUUUUGCUUUACAGUAUUACAAUGAGAUUUUUCUCAAUACAGUAAUGAGAAUUUUAGGAAAAUGUGCUCAGUUGUCAUCAAAAAUAAAGUCAUAAUUCCAAAAUGUGACUUAAUGGUGCUUAAAAUAGUCUUCAUUGAGUUUAUGCGAAAUAUAUGUAUUUUUUUAAUUAUAUAUGGGGUGAAAUAUGACAUGUUCUUUACAGGUUUCGCAAGAUUCAUCCUUAAAGGAAUAAAUGGUAAAAUACUUUGAAAACAGCGAUGUUUGUACAUUUCAGUGUGUUUGGAGAGAUCAUCAUGAGGUUUAUUUUGGUAUUAAUCAUGUAACAUUUGAUGCUUCAUAACUUCUGAUUUAACUACUGAGUCUUUACAAUGAUGAGAUUGUUAUUGUGUUUUUUGUUUGUUUGUUAUCUUUAGCUAUACUAUAUUUUGUUUUAGUUUGUUUUUCUACUUUUUUCUUAAAGACUUGAGGUCGUAUAUAAACAAAAUGCUAAAAUUAUA